ACCUCCGCCGAGCUCAAGGGCGGCCGCUGGUGGUCUAGACAGGACGUGCAUCAGGAAGCGUGGAGCGGCCGACGUACGGGAAUCACGCACAAGCUCCUCCUCCUUAACGCCUCCAAACUUGGGUCGCAGGCUGUGGGAACUCCCUGCUGAUGAUUCGGGGGAGGAGGAGGAGGAGGUCCUGGUCUUGGAGCUGAUGAUUCGGAGGAGGUCCUGGUCUUGGAGCUCAGUACCGGGGAGGCGCGGGUUUGGAGCGCACGCAAGAGCUGACGGUGCGUUCACGGCCCUGAACUCUUUCGCUUUCCGCCAAGUCAAGCCGCAAGGAUGCAGCUGUAGCGAGAAAAGGAAACAUCACCCGAGAAAGACAAACACCAAAAACCCGCAAGACGUUUCCUGCAAGUUUACAACAACUUUUUAAAGUUCAGUCAAAAAACAAACCAAAAAAAUGUGCUCAGGGAGAUUUCGCGCACAGACCCCGGGGCCUGGCGCCGCCGCUGCCCGCUCGCUGCGGUGCCUCGCCGGGCUCCUGCUGCUGCUGGCGUCCGCCCCCGGCUGCGGAGGCUUCAACCUGGAUGUGAACAAUCCGGCCGUUUACAGCGGAGCCCCGGGAAGCUACUUUGGAUACGCGGUGGACUUUUACUUGGCCGAUUCGUCUAGUGCCAGCGUGGUGGUGGGCGCCCCCAAGGCCAACACCAGGCAGAGCGGCAUUGUGGAGGGCGGAUCGGUCGCCUACUGCCCGUGGAGCCUCGGCCAAUCAGAUUGUCACACCAUCGAGUUUGACGUGGAAGGGGAUCGCAACUUCCUGAUCAACGAUACGCAACACCAGAUCGACUUCAAGUCCCACCAGUGGUUCGGCGCCACCGUGCGUUCCCACGGAGACACCAUUCUGGCCUGUGCGCCACUCUACUCGUGGCGGACGGAGAAGGACGUGGCGCGAUCGGACGCUACCGGCACUUGCUACCUCUCCGUGCAGAAUUUCACCAAGUUUGUGGAGUACGCCCCCUGCAGAACAGAAAUCAGCGAUGAGGGAGGUCAAGGCUACUGUCAAGGAGGAUUCAGUGCCGACUUCACCACGGACGGCCGGGUGGUGCUGGGCGGGCCGGGCAGCUACUUCUGGCAAGGUCAGGUGAUCUCUGCGGAUAAGGAGGACAUCAUCAAGACGUACUACCCGGGGUAUUUCAUGCAGUCCGUGGACGGUCAGAUCCAGACCAAGCAAGUCCAGGCUCAACACGACGACAGCUACCAAGGCUACUCCGUGGCUGUGGGCGACUUCAGCGGGGAUCAAGUAGAAGAUUUUGUGGCCGGCGUUCCAAAAGGAGUCAUGCUUUAUGGAUUGGUGUCCAUCUUGAACGGGACAGACUUGAAAACCAUGAUUAACUACACCGGCGAGCAGAUGGGAUCCUAUUUCGGCUACGCGGUGGCGACCGCCGACAUCAACAGCGACGGGAUGGCGGACCUGCUGGUGGGCGCCCCCAUGUUCAUGACGCGGGGGUCCGACGGCCGCCUGGAAGAAAUGGGACGCGUCUACGUUUACCUGCAGCGCGCGCCCCUGAGCCUGGAACUCAGCCUGCCUCACCUGACCGGCGCUCAGGUGUUUGGGAGAUUUGGCAGCACCAUCGCGCCGCUGGGAGAUCUCAACCAGGAUGGCUUCAACGACGUGGCGGUCAGCUGUCCAUUCGGCGGGGAGGACCAGCAGGGUUUGGUCUACAUCUACAACGGCUUCCCCCACGGUCUCCGAGAAAAGCCGUCCCAGGUGAUCGCGGGCCAGUGGGCCGCAGGUUCAAUCCCCGCCAGUUUCGGCUUCGCACUCCGAGGCGCUGAGGACCUGGACAGGAACGGCUAUCCGGAUCUGAUCGUUGGUGCCUUCGGCGUUGAUAAGGCGGUUCUCUACAGGUCGCGACCCAUCGUCAACACCAGCGCCUCGCUGUCGGUCUACCCCGCCAUGAUCAACCCGGAGGAGAAGAACUGCAUCAGCACCCAAGGGAACUCCACCGUGGCCGUCUCCUGCGUCAACCUGAGUUUCUGCUUGUCGGCCGACGGGAAGCACCUACCAGACGUCCUCGACUUCCAAGUGGAGGUGCAGCUGGACAGUCAGAAGCUCAAACAGAAGGGAGCGGUCAGGCGGGCGCUCUUCCUGGACUCCCAGCAGCCUUUGCUGCAGCGGAGCGUGAGGGUGCGCAACGGCGAGGAAGUCUGCGACCACACCAAGAUCUACCUCCGAGAUGAGAAGGACUUCAGGGAUAAACUCUCCUCCAUCUUUGUGGCCUUGAACUUCAGCCUGGAUCCCGGGGCCGCCGCCGACUUGCACGGCCUGAGGCCGAUUCUCAACCACCGGAACGCUAACGUGAUUGAGCAGAAGGCUCAGAUUCUGCUGGACUGCGGCGAAGACAACAUCUGCGUUCCCGAUCUGAAGCUGGCCGUCCACGGGGACAGGAAGGAGGUGUACCUGGGUGACGACAACGCCCUCACCCUCACCUUCAACGCCAGGAACGAGGGCGAGGGCGGCGCGUACGAGGCGGAGCUCUACGUGGUGCUGCCGCCCGAGGCCGACUACAGCGGCAUCGCCCGCAAUAACGAGAGUUUGACCCAGCUGACCUGCACGUACGACACGGAGAACCAGACCCGGUACCUCAGCUGCGACCUGGGAAACCCCAUGAAGUCUGGAACCAGCCUGUGGGCAGGUCUUCGCUUCACGGUGCCGCGCCUGAAGGACACGCACACAACGGUCCAGUUUGAGCUGCAGAUUCGCAGUAAGAACCAGGACAACUCCCACAGCGAGGCGGUGUCACACAAGCUGGAGGUGGUCGUCCAGGCUGAGGUCAUCCUGCAAGGGGUGUCUCGGCCAGAUAAGAUCUUCUUCCCGCCCGCCAACUGGAAAGUGACCAAGAACUACGCCGUGGAGCAGGAAGUGGGGCCGGCGGUGGAACACAUUUAUGAGCUGGUGAACAAGGGGCCGAGCGGCAUCAGCCACACCCUGCUGGAGCUGCGCUGCCCCCUGGCCGCCCAGGGCCACACUCUGCUCUACCCCCUGGAGUUCUCCACCGAGGGCCCCAUCAACUGCAGCGCCGACGGAAACGUGAACCGCCUCGGUCUCAAACUGCAGCACACGCCGACAGAACCGCCUCCCCUGGCUCUCCAGGCCCCCGACCACCGCGUGGAGAGGAGGGACGUCAGCAGGGGCCCCGCACUCGCUCAACUAACCAACUUGUCCUGUUCCAAUGUGGACUGCUGGGCCCUGCAGUGCCAGGUGGGGCUCCUGGAGAAAGGGACCACCGCCAUCCUCAAAGUGCGCUCUCGCGUCUGGGCCGAGACCUUCAUGGAGAGGGCCUACAAGCAGUACGUGCUGGAGUGCGUCGCCAGGUACACCGUGAAGACCAUGCCUUACGUCAUCGUGCCCAAACACCUGCCCAGUGGACACAAAAAGGUGGUGAGUCCAGUGGUGUGGAACAAGCCUGAAGUGGAGACGUCAGUGCCGCUGUGGAUCAUCAUCUUGGCCAUCUUGGCUGGUUUGUUGCUGCUGGCUCUGCUCAUCUACAUCCUCUACAAGUUGGGUUUCUUCAAGCGGUCCCUCCCGUACGGCACCGCCAUGGAGAAAGCUCAGCUCAAACCUCAGGCUGCCUCCGAGGCCUGAGAGGAACCUGCAGAACCACCAGGACAGAACCUACAUAACUUACAGAACCAACAGGAUUUGACGGAACCAACAGAACCGAGAGAACCAACAAGACCUACAUAACUUACAGAACCUACAGGACUUACAGAACCUAGAGAACCAACAAAACCUACAUAACCUACAGGACUUACAGAACCUAGAGAACCAACAACAAAACCUACAUAACUUACAGAACCUAUAGGAUUUACAGAACCUACAUGACUUACAAAACCAACAUAACCUAGAAAACCAACAAAACCUACAUAACUGACAGAACCUAUAGGAUUUACGGAACAUACAGGACUUACAGAACCAACAGAACUUAGAGAACCAACAAAACCUACAUAACUUACAGAACCUAUUGGAUUUACAUAACCUACAGAACCCAAUCUACAUAGCUUACAGAACUAACACAAUUUGAUAGACCCAACAGGACUUACAGAACCAACAACACAGAACCUACAUAACUUACAGAAUCAACAGGGUUUGACAGAACCAAAAGGACUUACAGAACCAACAAAACAGAACCUACCUAACUUACAGAACCAACAGAGUUUGACAGAACCAACAUAAUGUACAGAACUAACAAAAAAGAACAUCGAUAACUUACAGAACCAACAGGACUUUAGAGCUUUAAAACCAACAUAACUGACAGAACCAACAGGACCGACAGAAUCCACAGAAGAUUGCAGAACCAACAUAACUUACAGAACCUACAGAAAACUUACAGAACCAACAAAACACAACCGAUAGGACUUACAUAACCAACCGGGCUUACAAACUUACAGAUCCAACAGGACUUACAGAACCAACAUAACUCAAAUAACCAACAGGGUUUACAGAACCAACAUGACUUACAGAACCAACAAUACUUUACACAACCAACAGGGUUUACAGAACCAGAAGAAUCAACAGAACAUACAGAACCAACAAUACUUUACAGAACCAACAGGGUUUACAGAAUCAGAAGAACCAACAUUACUUACAGAACCAACAAUACUUUACUAAACCUACAGAACCAAAAUAACUGACAUGGUUUACAGAACCAGAAGAACCUACAUAUGUUACAGAACAAUACUUUACAGAACCUACAGAACCAGAAGACUCUACAUAAGUUACAGAACAAUACUUUACAGAACCUACAGAACCAGAAGAACCUACAUAUGUUACGGAACAAUACUUUACAGAACCAAAAGAACUAACAGGGUUUACAGAACCAGAGGAACCUACAUAACUUACAGAACCUGCAGAACGUAAGCGAGACCACAGGAAGUGGUGUGGAUGGCAGACAGGAAGUGGUGUGGAUGGCAGACAGGAAGUGGUGUGGAUGGCAGACAGGAAGACAAUCCUUCAAACCAAAUGAAUGUUUUUUCUCAUGUCCUUUUCUCCCCUGAUGCAUUGUGGGAAAGAAGAGCGUCCAAAGAGGAAAAGCGGGUAUGACAAGCUGCGUCCAUGGCGACCGCCGUCACCGUGGAGACCAGUUUUGCACUCAAAGGAAAUCUACUGAUUGGCUUGCAAUGACGCCAAAGACUGACUCCGCCCUCUUUUGUGUGCUACUGACGGCGUGUUGGCGUGCUUCUUGUGGCGUGUGGCGCCAAUCAGCCUGCUAGUUCUUCUUAACUAGUUCUUGUUACUGUGACCAACUAGUUGUUGUUACUGUGACCAACUAGUUGUUGUUACUGUGACCAACUAGUUGUUGUUACUGUGACCAACUAGUUGUUGUUACUGUGACCAACUAGUUGUUGUUACUGUGACCAACUAGUCAUUUAUGCAGUACUCCACUUGUAAAUACUCGCUGACACGCCUGACAACGCUUUAUUUAUGAAGACUUGCUUUUAGCCAAUCAGCUCCCUCCUCCUGCUUAGCCCCGCCUCCCUCUAUUGCUGUACUUACCACCGUCAUGAUCUAGUAAUACCGCGAUGUAAACGUAUUGCAGUACUACCACCUGCAAUGGUGUAGUAUCGCAGUAUAUCUACCACAAUUGUGAUACAUUGAUGACAUACUAUACUGUCACGAUACUGCUGUCGCCAAUCUUGAAAUAUCGCGAUACUAUCGCCAGCGAUAUGGACAUACUGCGAUACUACUGUCAUCGUUGUUGUCGUAUCACAUUACUAUUGCCAUUCAUGUAGAAAUAGUACGAUACAAUAGUCAUUGGUGUCCAGGUAUCAUGAUACUCUUGCCAUUGAUGUGGACAUACUGCGAUACUACUGUCAUCGUUGUUGUCGUAUCACAUUACUAUUGCCAUUCAUGUAGAAAUAGUACGAUACAAUAGUCACUGAUGUCCAGGUAUCAUGAUACUCUUGCCAUUGAUGUGGACAUACUGCGAUACAACUGUCAUUGUUGUUGUCGUAUCACAUUACUAUUGCCAUUCAUGUAGAAAUAGUGCGAUACAAUAGUCAUUGAUGUCCAGGUAUCAUGAUACUCUUGCCCUUGAUGUGGACAUACUGCGAUACUACUGUCAUUGUUGUUGUCGUAUCACAUUACUAUUGCCAUUCAUGUAUAUAUAGUACGAUACAAUAGUCACUGAUGUCCAGGUAUCAUGAUACUCUUGCCAUUGAUGUGGACAUACUGCGAUACAACUGUCAUUGUUGUUGUCGUAUCACAUUACUAUUGCCAUUCAUGUAGAAAUAGUACGAUACAAUAGCCACUGAUUGUCCAGGUAUCAUGAUACUCUUGCCAUUGAUGUGGACAUACUGCGAUACUACUGUCAUUGUUGUUGUAGUAUCACACUACUAUUGCUAUUCAUGUAGAAAUAGUGCGAUACAAUAGUCAUUGAUGUCCAGGUAUCAUGAUACUCUUGCCCUUGAUAUGGACAUACUGCGAUACUACUGUCAUUGUUGUUGUAGUAUCACAUUACUAUUGCCAUUCAUGUAGAAAUAGUACGAUACAAUAGUCAUUGAUGUCCAGGUAUCAUGAUACUCUUGCCAUUGAUGUGGACAUACUGCGAUACAACUGUCAUCGUUGUUGUCGUAUCACAUUACUAUUGCCAUUCAUGUAAAAAUAGUACGAUACAAUAGUCAUUGAUGUCCAGGUAUCAUGAUACUCUUGCCAUUGAUGUGGACAUACUGCGAUACUACUGUCAUUGUUGUUGUAGUAUCACAUUACUAUUGCCAUUCAUGUAGAAAUAGUACGAUACAAUAGUCAUUGAUGUCCAGGUAUCAUGAUACUCUUGCCAUUGAUGUGGACAUACUGCGAUACAACUGUCAUUGUUGUUGUCAUAUCACAUUACUAUUGCCAUUCAUGUAGAAAUAGUACGAUACAAUAGCCACUGAUUGUCCAGGUAUCAUGAUACUCUUGCCAUUGAUGUGGACAUACUGCGAUACAACUGUCAUUGUUGUUGUCGUAUCACAUUACUAUUGCCAUUCAUGUAGAAAUAGUGCGAUACAAUAGUCAUUGAUGUCCAGGUAUCAUGAUACUCUUGCCCUUGAUGUGGACAUACUGCGAUACUACUGUCAUUGUUGUUGUCGUAUCACAUUACUAUUGCCAUUCAUGUAUAUAUAGUACGAUACAAUAGUCACUGAUGUCCAGGUAUCAUGAUACUCUUGCCAUUGAUGUGGACAUACUGCGAUACAACUGUCAUUGUUGUUGUCGUAUCACAUUACUAUUGCCAUUCAUGUAUAUAUAGUACGAUACAAUAGUCACUGAUGUCCAGGUAUCAUGAUACUCUUGCCAUUGAUGUGGACAUACUGCGAUACUACUGUCAUUGUUGUUGUAGUAUCACAUUACUAUUGCCAUUCAUGUAGAAAUAGUACGAUACAAUAGUCAUUGAUGUCCAGGUAUCAUGAUACUCUUGCCAUUGAUGUGGACAUACUGCGAUACUACUGUCAUUGUUGUUGUAGUAUCACAUUACUAUUGCCAUUCAUGUAGAAAUAGUACGAUACAAUAGUCAUUGAUGUCCAGGUAUCAUGAUACUCUUGCCAUUGAUAUGGACAUACUGCGAUACUACUGUCAUCGUUGUUGUCGUAUCACAUUACUAUUGCCAUUCAUGUAGAAAUAGUACGAUACAAUAGCCACUGAUUGUCCAGGUAUCAUGAUACUCUUGCCAUUGAUGUGGACAUACUGCGAUACUACUGUCAUUGUUGUUGUAGUAUCACAUUACUAUUGCCAUUCAUGUAUAUAUAGUACGAUACAAUAGUCACUGAUGUCCAGGUAUCAUGAUACUCUUGCCAUUGAUGUGGACAUACUGUGAUACUACUGUCAUCGUUGUUGUCGUAUCACAUUACUAUUGCCAUUCAUGUAGAAAUAGUACGAUACAAUAGUCAUUGAUGUCCAGGUAUCAUGAUACUCUUGCCAUUGAUGUGGACAUACUGCGAUACUACUGUCAUCGUUGUUGUCGUAUCACAUUACUAUUGCCAUUCAUGUAGAAAUAGUACGAUACGAUAGUCAUUGAUGUCCAGGUAUCAUGAUACUCUUGCCAUUGAUGUGGACAUACUGCGAUACUACUGUCAUUGUUGUUGUAGUAUCACAUUACUAUUGCCAUUCAUGUAUAUAUAGUACGAUACAAUAGUCACUGAUGUCCAGGUAUCAUGAUACUCUUGCCAAUGAUGUGGACAUACUGCGAUACUACUGUCAUUGUUGUUGUAGUAUCACAUUACUAUUGCCAUUCAUGUAGAAAUAGUACGAUACAAUAGUCAUUGAUGUCCAGGUAUCAUGAUACUCUUGCCAUUGAUGUGGACAUACUGCGAUACUACUGUCAUCGUUGUUGUCGUAUCACAUUACUAUUGCCAUUCAUGUAGAAAUAGUACGAUACGAUAGUCAUUGAUGUCCAGGUAUCAUGAUACUCUUGCCAUUGAUGUGGACAUACUGCGAUACAACUGUCAUUGUUGUUGUCGUAUCACAUUACUAUUGCCAUUCAUGUAUAUAUAGUACGAUACAAUAGUCACUGAUGUCCAGGUAUCAUGAUACUCUUGCCAUUGAUGUGGACAUACUGCGAUACUACUGUCAUUGUUGUUGUAGUAUCACAUUACUAUUGCCAUUCAUGUAGAAAUAGUACGAUACAAUAGUCAUUGAUGUCCAGGUAUCAUGAUACUCUUGCCCUUGAUAUGGACAUACUGCGAUACUACUGUCAUUGUUGUUGUAGUAUCACAUUACUAUUGCCAUUCAUGUAUAUAUAGUAUGAUACAAUAGUCACUGAUGUCCAGGUAUCAUGAUACUCUUGCCAUUGAUGUGGACAUACUGCGAUACUACUGUCAUUGUUGUUGUAGUAUCACAUUACUAUUGCCAUUCAUGUAUAUAUAGUAUGAUACAAUAGUCACUGAUGUCCAGGUAUCAUGAUACUCUUGCCAUUGAUGUGGACAUACUGCGAUACUUGUGUCACCAAUGUUUAAAAAGUAUCACGAUACUAUUGUCACGGAUGUGGAGAUACCAUGAUAUUGUCAUCAAUUUGGAGGUAUCAUGAUACUAUUGUCGUCAAUGGGGAAGUAUCAUGAUACAAUUGUCGUCAAUGUGAAAGUGUCAUGAUACUAUUGUCACGGAUGUGGAAAUAUGAUACCAUUGUCAUGGAUGUUGGAAGUAUCAUGAUAUUGUCAUCAAUGUGGAGGUAUCAUGGUACUAUUGUCGUCAACGGGAAAGUGUCAUGAUACAAUUGUCGUCAAUGUGAAAGUAUCAUGAUACUAUUGUCAUGGAUGUUGUAGUAUCAUGAUACUCUUGCCAUUUACGUGGACAUACUGCGAUACUUGUGUCACCAAUGUUUAAAAAGUAUCACGAUACUAUUGUCACGGAUGUGGAGAUACCAUGAUAUUGUCAUCAAUGUGGAGGUAUCAUGAUACUAUUGUCGUCAAUGGGGAAGUAUCAUGAUACAAUCGUCGUCAAUGUGAAAGUGUCAUGAUACUAUUGUCACGGAUGUGGAAAUAUGAUACUAUUGUCAUGGAUGUUGGAAGUAUCAUGAUAUUGUCAUCAAUGUGGAGGUAUCAUGGUACUAUUGUCGUCAACGGGAAAGUGUCAUGAUACAAUUGUCGUCAAUGUGAAAGUAUCAUGAUACUAUUGUCAUGGAUGUUGUAGUAAUAUGAUACCAUUGUCAUGGAUGUUGGAAGUAUCAUGAUAUUGUCAUCAAUGUGGAGGUAUCGUGAUACUAUUGUCGUCAACGGGAAAGUAUCAUGAUACAAUUGUCGUCAAUGUAAAAGUAUCAUCGUGCUAUUGUCAUGGAUGUUGUAGUAUCACGAUACGCUCGCCAUUGAUGUGGACAUACUGUGAUUCUUGUGUCACGAAUGUUUAAAAAGUAUCAUGAUACUAUUGUCACGGAUGUGGAAAUAUGAUACCAUUGUCAUGGAUGUCGGAAGUAUCAUCAAUGUGGAGGUAUCAUGAUACUAUUGUCAUCAAUGGGAAAGUAUCAUGAUACAAUUGUCGUCAAUGUGAAAGUAUCUUGAUACAAUUGCCACUCAUGUAACCUUAUUACGAUACUGCUGUCGCCAAUCUUGAAAUAUCGCGAUACUAUCGCCAGCGAUAUGGACAUACUGCGAUACUACUGUCAUCGUUGUUGUAGUAUCACAUUACUAUUGCCAUUCAUGUAGAAAUAGUACGAUACAAUAGUCAUCGAUGUCCAGGUAUCAUGAUACUCUUGCCAUUGAUGUGGACAUACUGUGAUACUUGUGUCACCACUGUUUAAAAAGUAUCAUGAUACUAUUUUCACGGAUGUGGAAAUAUCAUGAUAGCAUUGUCAUGGACGUUGAAGUAUCAUGAUAUUGUCAUCAAUGUGGAGGUAUCAUGAUACUAUUGUCAUCAAUGGGAAAGUAUGAUACAAUUGUCGUCAAUGUGAAAGUAUCAUGAUACAAUUGUCGUCAAUGUGAAAGUAUGGUACUAUUGUCAUGGAUGUUGUAGUAGCAUGAUACUUUUCAUAGAUGUAAUAGCAUCAUGAUACUCACGAUGCUAUUGUCAUAGAUGUAGUAGUAUCACAAUAUUAUUGUUAUACGUGUUGAAGUAUCACGAUAUCAUUGUUAUAGAUGUUGACGUACCACAAUACUAUUGUUAUGGAUGUCGUAGUAUCAUGAUACCGUUGUCAUAGAUGCUGCAGUAUCACCAUACUAUUGUCAUAGAUGUUGAAGUAUCACAAUACUUUUGUCAUAGAUUUAGUAGUAUCAGGAUACUAUUGUCAUAAAUGUUAAGGUAUCACCAUAAUUUAGUUAUAGAUGUUGAAGUAUCAUAAUGCUAUUGUCAUGGAUGUGGUAGUAUCAUGAUGCCAUUGUCAUAAAUGUGUUAGUAUCACGAUACUAUUGUCAUAGAUGUAUUAGUAUCACGAUAUUAUUGUCAUGGAUGUGGUAGUAUCAUGAUGCCAUUGUCAUAAAUGUAUUAGUAUCACGAUACUAUUGUCAUAGAUGUAUUAGUAUCACGAUACUAUUGUCAUGGAUGUGGUAGUAUCAUGAUGCCAUUGUCAUAAAUGUAUUAGUAUCACGAUACUAUUGUCAUAGAUGUAUUAGUAUCACGAUACUAUUGUCAUGGAUGUGGUAGUAUCAUGAUGCCAUUGUCAUAGAUGUAUUAGUAUCACAAUACUAUUGUCAUAGAUGUAGUAGUACCACGUCACUAUUGUCAUGCAUGAAGUGGUAUCACAAUACCGUUGUCAUAGAUAUAGUCCUAUCACAAUACUAUUGUCAUAAAUAUAGUGGUAUCACAAUACUAUUGUCGUGGAUAUAGUGGUAUCACGAUACUAUUGUUAUGGAUAUAGUGGUAUCACCAUACUAUUGUCAUGGAUAUAGUGGUAUCACCAUACUAUUGUCAUGGAUAUAGUGGUAUCACCAUACUAUUGUCAUGGAUAUAGUGGUAUCAAGAUAUUAUUGUCAUGGAAAUAGUAGUAUCACGAUACUAUUGUCAUGAUAUAGUGGUAUCGCGAUACUAUUGUCAUGAUAUAGUGGUAUCGCGAUACUAAUGUCAUGAAAUAGUGGUAUCAUGAUACUAUUGUCAUGAAAUAGUGGUAUCACGAUACUAUUGUCAUGCAUAUAGUGGUAUCACCAUGCUAUUGUCAUGGAUAUAGUGGUAUCAUGAUACUAUUGUCAUGGAUAUAGUGGUAUCAUGAUACUAUUGUCAUGGAUGUAGUGGUAUCAUGAUACUAUUGUCAUGGAUAUAGUGGUAUCACCCUAAUUUUAUCAUGGAUAUAGUGGUAUCAUAAUAAUAUUGUCAUGGAUAUAGUGGUAUCAUGAUACUAUUGUCGUGGAUAUAGUGGUAUCGCCAUACUAUUGUCAUGGAUAUAGUGGUAUCACCCUACUUUUAUCAUGAUAUAGUGGUAUCAUAAUAAUAUUGUCAUGGCUAUAGUGGUAUCACCAUACUAUUGUCAUGGAUUUAGUGGUAUCACCAUACUAUUGUCAUGGAUGUAGUGGUAUCACCAUACUAUUGUCAUAGAUAUAGUGGUAUCACGAUACUAUUGUCAUGGAUAUAGUGGUAUCACCAUACUAUUGUCAUGGAUAUAGUGGUAUCACCAUACUAUUGUCAUGGAUAUAGUGGUAUCACCAUACUAUUGUCAUGGAUAUAGUGGUAUCAAGAUAUUAUUGUCAUGGAUAUAGUGGUAUCACCAUACUAUUGUCAUGGAUAUAGUGGUAUCACCAUACUAUUGUCAUGGAUAUAGUGGUAUCAAGAUAUUAUUGUCAUGGAUAUAGUGGUAUCAUGAUACGGUGAUGAAAGGGGGGCCAAGCAGUCGCUGGGAGCUAAACAAUGUUUAAAUGUGCAAUAUUUAUAUAAAGUUUUGAUGAGUUCUUUUUUUAAAGACUUUGUUUUUAUGAUAUCACCAGAAUGGAAAAUAGUUUUUCUUUGUGAUGAGCACAUUUUUUUUUUUUAGUGUUCAGGAUUUCUUUCGACCACUUCAUUGUUCCCCCUCUGCACGGAUGCGGAACACAAACCUGGCGGACGAACGUUGCGCCGUACGCUUCGCAUCGAUCCAAAACCGACCCUCUGAUAUCAUGCUUGUCCAACACGCUUUGAGGAGAUUAUUUAUGAAGGACGUUCAAGGCACUGCCCCCCCCCCCCCCCCCCCCCCCGCUUCUAGAACAUUUGUACAUAUUUAAGACAAGAAGACUUUUUCUGCAUCAACUUGUCCAUUUCCACGCCCCAUAUUGGGGAUUGUUGUAGUGUUUGUAUUUGAAAUAAAACUUCUUCCUUUCACC